AUGGCACUCAAGUUUGGUCCACAAUGGUUGCGUGACCUGUCUGACGGUGGGGCCAACGGUUCCCAGCCAGGUACGCCCACCAUGAGUGUGAAGUUCAAACUGACAGAAUACAGGUAUGGCAGAGAAGAAAUGCUGUCACUGUUCCAGGAAAAUAGCCCUCCCCCCGACCAGGUCCGGAAACACCUGUCCAUUUUCUCCACAGAAAUUCAGAAGCCCGUCACUAUGUCACCUCUUACAGAAGAUGAACAGCGCCUGGUCUCACAAGGGUUUAACAGUACUGUGGUACUCAGAGCUGUGGGUCGCAGCUCUGGUCCUCCACUUCGAGCCAGCAGAGGUGGGGGUACAGCCGACCGGAGCAGAGGGAGAGGACGUGGUCGGGGGGAGGGCUAUAACCUGCGAUCGGAGAAUGGCGAUGUCGGGUACAGUCGGCAGACACAAGAUGGCUGGGAACAUGUUGGCAGAAAAUUUGAACGCAGUUACUCACGAGGUUACGAUGAGUCAGGCACUGCGAAGCGAGAGUUUUCAAGGUCAGCCAGCGAUAACUGGCGAGAUAAGAGGCAUGAUGAUGAAGACGAGGAAGAGGGUGGGGUCCCAUGGAGAAACACUCGGGAGGCAAACACAAGAUGGGGUCCUCCGACACGGUCAAAUUGGCGAGAACCACAGAGGGAUUUGCUGGGAUUCGAAGGUGACAGAAGACCACUACCUCCGCGACGAGGCUUUGAUCAGGAGGCACCAUUACCUCGUCGGGCAAGUGAAUCAUAUGACAAUGAAGGAGAAGUUCCAGAGUGGGUUGAAGAUGAUGUCGGGGAUGACCCAGGCACCUUUGAUUCCAGCGGAGCUUUUGUGUCAACAAAGGAAGUAAGUUUCCCAUUUAAAACAGGUAACCACCACCCCUCACAGGUAUCCGACCACUUAACCACCUCAGAAGCUCACACCAUCAACACCGGUGAAAGAGUAUCCCUCACACAGUCCUCCAAGCCGCCCUACAUCCCACCCAAUGCUCGCAACGGCACUGGAGAUGUCGAUUCCAGGUCACACGAUCAGUCCAAGGCACAACUGGCAAGUAACAAGGGGCAGCCAGAUUCUGUCAGUGUGCUUCCUGUCUCCAGCAAGACUGGCUCUUCUAAUAAAGGGGAUGGAGACACAGGCUUCAGUUUUCCCAGCAAGAAAGGUGAAGAAGCAAAUGGGAACUCUUCCCCGUCGGAACACUACACAGACACCUCCACGCCUGCUUCACUUCAGCCCUCGUCAGCGGUCCCAAAGCUGGAGCAGGUCACACGGCCACGGUUGACAAACCCGGAGUUUUUACACAUGGAGAAGUCAUUACAGAAUCUGGUGGCUUCUAUGGCAGCAGUAAGUUUAGAGGGCAGACAACUAGAUGUCUCACAGGGUGCUCUUCCCCUGACCCACGAACACUCCAGCAAGUGGUUCUACAAGGAUCCUCAGGGGGAGAUUCAAGGUCCCUUCACCAACGAGGAGAUGUCACAGUGGUUCAGUGCCGGAUUUUUCACCAUGAGUCUCUUGAUAAAGAGAGGUUGUGAUGACGCAUUCAAACAACUAGGGGAGCUGAUCAAACGAUAUGGGAGAGUUCCGUUUUUGCCUGGGCCACCUUUGCCUCCAUUAAUUACAAGUAUUUCCCCUGAGCCUGUUGUGAUACCAACCUCACCCCUGACCCUCCCUUCCUUUGUGUCGUCGACCCCGGCAGCCCCACUGGUGGGUCCUGGGUUGCCUUCUGUCCCCGACCCACUCAUCCUACAGCACAUGUUGUUACAGCAAGAGUAUCUUAAACAGACAUUUUUGAUGAGGCAGAUGCAAAUACAGACUCUCCAUCAGAUGCAAGAACAGGACAGCUUCAAGUCACUCUCCCCAGAACAGCAGCAGCACCUUUCCAUGCAGAUGAUGGCACAGACCAACCCUGUUUUCAUGCAGCACUUCCAGCAGUUACAGCAGCAACAGCAGCUGGUGCUUCAGCAACAGCAGGAGCAGCAAAAAGUGGCUUCACCCGGGGUCACAGUUGAAGUGCCCGCAGGAAUAUUCUCACAGCCCCCGUCGUCCAUCAACAGCACAGUAACAGCAGCAUCAUUAACCACCAACAACAACACAGCCAUGACUGAGAAACCUGCGGAGGAGAGUUCGGCCUGGGCAUCGCUGCAGCAGUAUCUGAUACCAGCCGCCCAGCAGGUGGCGCCACCUGCCUCACUGUGGGAUAUCGAUGCUGCUAAUGGAACACUGACCCCAGCCUACCUGGCUCAGUUGGAGAAAGCCAAAAGAGAAAAGAAGGAGGAGAAGUUAAAGGAGGAAGAGAGGCUACGCCAGGAGGAGCUGGAGAAGAAGCAAGAAGAGAUCAGGAGGCAACAGGAGGAGUUGGAACGACAGAAGGCACAGAUGAGGAGAGAGUUAGAGGAGCUGGAGAGACAGAAGCAGAUAGAGUUGCUA